AGCCCAGCCAUGGAGCAGCUGGGAACAUCCCAGUCCUUCACCACCAGGGCGCUGAAGUCUCUGCUGUCACUUCAUGGGGACAGACUUGUGCAAGACACCAAGCAUGAUGGAAGAAGUAAGAACACUCCUGGACUUCUGUGAAGGAGAUGUCGUGGAUGCCACAGUAAAAUCCCAAGUCAGCUGCUACAAGCUGACUCUUCUUGUGAAAAGGGUCUUGGCUUUCAUCUUCACUCCACUGGUGAGUUUGACCUCGGACCUGGAUCAAAUCAGGUGAGAAAAACACUGCAAAAACGUUGCACUUAGCCUUGGUGGUUUAGAGCACACCAGUGCAAUGUGAAGGAGUGAACACUGACCUGUGAGUCAAGCAGGUCUGUCUCCUCUGCUAUGGACCUGAGAUUUGGCCUGGGACAUCCCUUUGCUUCCCUGCCUCAGUUUCCCCAUGGGGACAGCGGUCUCCUUCUCAGCAGACUUUUCUCCCAAGCAUCCAUUGCUGUCCUUCACCUAGACGUGGGUCCACACAAAGCCACCCACUGUGACCCAUCCCAACCACCUUCAUGUAGCUGCUCCCCUCUGUGGCUGGGACUCUCUAGUUUCAUACAGCUCUUGGAGUGCCUCAGCAGGUCUACUCAGAGGGUGCAAAACAGGCUUGGAUUUUGAAACCAUCCUAUUCCUGAGGGUGAAUUGAAGCUUCACUCCCUGCAGUCACUCACCACUCCUUGUGUCCCCAGUACAGGCUGUGGUAGGAGCCGUGGGGCUGCCCGUGGACAUGCCGUGCAUGGCCUUGCGCUGGCAGGGGAAGUCAUACUUCCGGUUCAUGAAGGAGGUGGUGAUGCUCAUGCAGGGCUUCCUCAGCAGCAUCCUGCCACCUGGAAAUGCAGCUGUGCCUGCUGAUAAUUCUGCCCUUUGAAAUACCAAGCUGGUCCGGACACAGCUGGCUCUGCCUCUGUUAAACGUUUGCUGAGCAUCUAAAGGGCAGAUCAGAGCACAGGUCCCAGUGCACAAGUGGAUGUGGGAAGCCAAUGCCCUAACACUUCCCAGCACGGGGAAUAAAAUUUCCCACCUUUGCUCAGCCCAUCACAGAGGUUAUGGUGCUGUCACGUAGGCGAAGAGCCCACUUCUGCCUCAGGAAGUCCUUGCACAGAUUCCCGGAGGCUGGGAGAGGGCUGGGUAUUGCUGUGUGCUCACCAUGUUCAUAUGUGCCUUCUGGAGGCACUUGCUACAGCCAACACCAUGGGGCAGGAGCAGGAGCUGGAUGGGCUGCAGGCAUCUCCCCAUGCUGCUGCUCUUGAGAAACCAGCAGUAUCUCAGCUGAGGAGGCAUCCUCUGACCAGAGGUGCCACUGAAGGUGAACACAGUAAAAGACCAGCUUAAUUUGUUACCACAUAGCUAAUUGCUGUCAGCUCCAGGCUGUCUCUUAGAGGAUGCCAAAGCCAGUCGUGUUCAGAGUCCUUCAUAAAUUUCCCCAAUUCAGAAUAAGGAGAAGACGUUCCCCACUGACACGAAUUGUUACAGAAAACAACAGAGAGCUCUUACAACCACUAAGAAUGGACAAGACAAUGGAUGAAAAAUCAAUCAUGAGAGGACAACCUAGCCCUGAUGGGAAAAGGUUCUUCACCUUCCCUUCCAUAUCCAGUUCCACACCUGUUGGAGCAGGAUCAGGUUCUGGGCCUCUGGACAACAGGUGCAACCUUUUAAAGUUUUGUAAUGCACAGUGUAGCUGCCCAAAAACCCUUUUCAAGUUGGGAUCCAUAGGAGGACCCACCAUCCAAAACCGUCAGAGCAGAUCACAAACAGACCACAGCAUUGGCUUUGGGGCUGAUGUUGGCUGGGUUGUUGCCUGCAGCUCAGUGUAUGGUUCUUGCGUGCUUGUAGCGAGAGGCAUCUGUGUUGGAAAGACCUCAGACACUAGCUGUCCCAAUGUCUGUUGGAAUUAGUUGGCUUUUGGCCUGCAACCCUGUGGGAUUUUCCGCUCCUAAGGCAAUGCCAGUGUGCUCUGUCAUGGGGUGGAACAGCCUCUCCUUCUGGUGCACAGAGACAUCACAGCAGUGCUGAGCCCUAUCUCGCAGGCCUCCUGAAACAGCCUCUGGCCACCAUGGGAGCAGCAUGGGCUUAAGGGAUUUGGUAAGUGAGAGGGUACCCCACAGCUAUACAUCCUCUCGUCAUACCAUCACCCAUCCCCAGGCAGGAAAGUCUUGUGAUUUCAAGCUGUUUUUUCCCCUUCUGCAUUGUCCUCUCAGGCUACGCAGGAAAUAGAAGAGCAGCUAUUUCCUUGCUUCUUUUGUUCAGCUGAUCCCACAGCCCUUCCUCCCACAGUGCAAAACUUCCCACAGUCCAGAAAGCCCCUAUAAACUCAAUGCCCCAAGGUUCACUGGCCAAGCUUCACCUUUUCCUUUUCCCAGUUAAUCAUUCUCCACUUCAUGCUCCACUGAAGACAGCUUUGCAGAGGUCAGCUUUGGACUUAUAAACUAUUUGCUGACCCAAGGCGGUGGUGUUGGGAGGAGUGACAGGUCUGGAGAGGCAGGGGAUAUCUGCUCCUGCCUUGCUUUUCUUUCUCAUUCCAUCCCUGGAGACCAGAAGGCCACGUUAUGAUCCAGCUACCACUGAGACAGCUCCUGCCAGAGAGGGAGGUGGAUCCUUCUGCAGCCCUUGCCCUGCUCUGCAGCUCAGCAGCAGCUGUGGUGGUCUGGAAAUGGCUGGGCAAAAGGCAGAUCCAGAAGAAAAUGGAAGAUGCUCGGAGGACCCGGGAUGAGGGUUUGAAGAAAAUGGCAAAGAUUGUCCAGCAGUUCAGGGAGCAGGUCCCCAGCGUCCAGACAGAUGCCAUCCUGUCCCUGCCCCUGCUGGAACUCACUGGGAGACUGCGGGAAGGGUCUCUGUCCCCCAAGACUGUCCUCUACACCUACUUAGAGAAGGCCCUGGAAGUCACCCAGCAGACAAACUGCUUGCGACAUUUUAUCCCAGAGUGUGAAGAGCAGCUUCAGGAAAUACAACGGCAGGAGGAGAAAGGUCUGCUCUAUGGCAUUCCCAUCAGCAUCAAGGAUCACAUCGGCCACAAGGGGCAUCUGUUGACCUGUGGGCUUGUGCAAUGCCUGGGCACUGUGGCGCAGGAGGACAGUGUCCUCGUCAAAGUUUUGAAGAAACAGGGGGCCAUCCCCUUUGCAAUGACCAACGUGCCGCAAUCCCUCUUCAGCUACGACUGCAGCAAUCCCAUCUUCGGCCAGACCUUGAACCCCUUCAACCACCAGAAGAGCCCCGGGGGCUCCUCGGGAGGGGAGGGAGCUCUGAUCGCAGGAGGAGGCUCCAUCCUGGGCAUCGGCUCAGACAUCGGUGGCAGCAUCCGCCUGCCCUCCAGCUUCUGCGGGCUCUGUGGGCUCAAACCCACCGCCGAAAGGCUCAGCCUGUCUGGAGCGAGUGGUCCACUCAAUGGGAUCCUGGCAGUUCCUUGUGCGCUGGGGCCGAUGGCGAGGGAUGUGGACAGCCUGGCCCUCUGCAUGAAGGCUCUGCUCUGCCAGGAGAUGUUCCGGCUGGACCCCACCGUGCCCCCCAUCCCCUUCAAUGAGGAGGUGUACUCCAGCUCUGCUCCUCUGCGGGUCGGGUACUACGACACGGACGGCUACUUCCCCCUGCCCCCCUGCAUGCGGCGAGCACUGCAGGAAACCAGGGGGGCUCUGCAGGCAGCUGGACACCAGCUGGUGCCCUUUUCUCCACCUCGGAUCCACUAUGUCAUGACUGAACUGUUUCUGAAGACUUUUUUUGCUGAUGGAGGCCGUGCUUGGUUGGACGUGUUCACAGGAGAUAUUGUAGAUCCAAGCUUGAAAUCACAGGUGAAUGACUGCAAGAUCCCAAGGCUGGGGAAGAAGCUGCUGUCUCUGAUUCUGAAACCUCUGUUUCCCCGCCUGGCUGACUACCUGAGCGCCUUGGCUGGAAUGAGGUCAGUGAAGGAGAUGUGGAAUCAUCAACAUGAAAUACAGGUGUACCGCACCGAGUUCAUUGCCCGGUGGAGGGAACUCCAGCUGGACGUUGUGCUGUGCCCUGUCCUGGGGCCUGCCUUCACCACAGGAUACCCUGGGAAACUCCUCACUGCCAUCUCCUCCACGAUGCUCUACAAUGUCCUGAACUUCCCCGCUGGGGUUGUACCUGUCAGUACGGUGACAGAGGCUGAUGAGGAAGAGCUGAAGCUUUACCAAGGAUACUGUGAUGACCGCUGGGACCGGACGCUGAAACAGGCUGUGGCAGGAGCCGUGGGGCUGCCCGUGGCCGUGCAGUGCGUGGCCUUGCCGUGGCAGGAGGAGCUGUGUCUCCGGUUCAUGAAGGAGGUGGAGACCCUCAGCCGCAAGAAGAAAGCGGCAUAGCCUCCUCGGUCCCACACCGGCAGGGCCAGAGGCAGAAGGGAUGGUGCUGCACGACUUCUCCUUUGCAACCAGAAGUGCAAAGAUCAGAGCGAGGAGGGAAGGAGGAAGGAAAAGCCAUUUCCUGACCACACUCCUUGCCAGUAAUCAGGAUGCCACGCAGAGGGCAGGACUAGCUUAAGCUGGGUUCAGAUGACAAUAAAUCUAUGAACUGCACCAUCCUGGAGGGAUGGACAUGGAUGGGGUUCACCCUCUUCUUCAUCUGUGCUGCUUCUCCUGAGAGAAAAGGACUACAAAACCUCAGUAGUAUUUUCUUCCUGGCACUGGAGUAACUUCACAGGGAUGUAACUAUGGGCUGCCCUGUAAGGAACACAACCAAGUCUACCCUCCCCAUCAUUGUACUU